AUGGACGGCGCGGACACAACCCCCUCCAAUUCCAAGGUGAUUGUUCAAUGCACGGAUCCAAGCAAUCUAUUCGAUUCGGUCGAGCCUCGCCUCUCCUCCAGAAGUCCCCUCAAGAACCUUCACUGGAAGUCCCCUAACCGACCCCUGCGCUCCAUCCCAAACCUUAAUAUUGCUCUGACUCGUGAGCAGACUGCAAACGGUUCUCAUGCCAGUAUUCGCCGCCAUCAGAUUCCUGGCUUGCGCGAAACUCCCUAUGUCAAGCUCUACUUGCUACGAUGCGACGACAAGGAAACGUACAAGGAGAAGGCCAGGAAAGAGGUUCGCCAAUGGGUUAAGUCAGUGACUCCCACGGGGGAGUCAAAGUCUGCUCUCAAAACACAGGAGAAUCACGACGCUUCCGAGUGGUUGAUAGUGCACGUGGUCUUGUCAAAUACUCCGGCAGCCAGUCAACCACGUUCCUCUAAACACAUCACCUUGGAGACUGCCGAGAGCACCGAUAGCGUUAAUAGCAAAUCGAAAUGGUCUGGCAAGAGUUCUUCUACUAUCUUCGACAAGUUACGGGCCGAUUUCAGCAGCAGUUCAAAAUCCUCCAUCACCCGCGUGUCCCAGAUUAGGCUUCUUGAGCCCAACGACAAGUCGACUGCGUUGACACCGGCUGAGCUGGAAGAACAAUGGCAAGAUUUAGUGGAAUGCCUGAAGGCCUGCAUCCUGCGAUCGUUCGAUGCUCGAGUAGCACAAUACGAGCUUGAUAUUCGGGAAAGAGAUAAUCAAAGAAGUCUGCCAGGCUGGAAUUUCUGCACCUUCUUCGUCCUGAAAGAAGGCCUAGCCAGAGGCUUUGAAAAUGUUGGUUUAUUGGACGACGCUCUUUCUGUCUAUGACGAGCUCUCGGUAGGAUUGGACACUCUCAUCAAAGAAGCGUCGGAGAAGGGAGACGAUGACGAGAACGGCGCACUGCUUCUCUUCUCCAAGGAAUCCAAAGCCCUUCUUAGGGCCGCGCUGGAGGCAAACACUAAGGUCACCCCCAUUCCUAGUCACAACGUCCCGAUGCACCUGUCUCAACUUCUCGUGGCUGAUCGUGCACAUUUUCCUUUUGAUGUCGACCGCCAAAGAUAUCGCGAACUAAUCUUGUCCAACGAGGUAUCGGCAUUGGAUCUGCGAGUGUACCUCUUUACUAGACAAAUCGAGAUCCUGCUCAGGCAGGCUGAAGCGCCUUCACCAACCGUGCAGGCUCCACAGAAGACUGCCAUUAAUCUCCACAUUGUUGGGGAUGUCGCAGAGCGGGCGACUCACUUUAUCAACUUAGCUGGUCGUAUUCUUCGCCUUGAGCUUUACAUGGCCUGGGGCGGUCAGGAAGGUUUAAGCGAGGAAGAAUUGCACAGUCAACGAACCGUGACAGGAAACAUUGUUUCAAGCUGGACAUGGUGUGCAAUUUUGCAGAUUCUUAGCAAAGUCACCCCAGCUUUGGGAGUUGACCUAGUGUACUGGACGAGUUCACUGUCGAUUGACGCACUGGAACUUGCUCAGAAUGCGGAAGCUGCACCAGAGACUCUCUUGUCUGAUGUAGAAACGCAUCUUCAUCGCUUGUCCCUCGCUUCCAAUCUUGGAUCUUCUUCCCGCGACCAACCCCUUGAUCGCAACCAUAGACACAGCAUGAUGGCAGAUAGCACAAAUCUCCAACAGGUACUACUCUCCCGCCCUGGUUCAGAAAGGUUGCUGUUCUGGGUUUCAAAGCUGUCUCUAAUGGCGAGGCGUGUCCUUCAGAACUUGGAGGCAGCUAAGGUGUGGACUGCCGAGUUGAAAAAAUGCGUUACAAUGGCGCUGAAGGGGCAGGAAACGCGCCUAGACUGUGAUUCGGAAAUCAUCGAUGAUACAGGCGAUGGCGAAAGCGAUGGCGAAGGCCUUGCAGGGCUGCAAUCACAAGUACUCAGGGCAGUGGCGAUCUCUAGAACGACGUUCCUAGAGCUAUACAUUCUGCUGACAAUAUUUUCAUACCGUCUUCUGGGUCGUACCAAAAGCUACACAGCACUGCAUCAAGCUUUGGUUGAUCUCGUAGAGUUCGAAUACGCGCAGAAGAAUUUUGCUAUUGCAGCGCGAUAUCUUGGCAGCAUCCUUGGACCCUUGCCUCGACCCUCUAGGCAUCCGGCGGAUAAUCAUCUACUCCGAAUAUAUGCCGACUGUCUAAGGCAUCUAGACAGACCCAACGAAUAUGCGAAAUGUCUCAUUUCGUGUUUGCAAUCUGUGCCGCAUGAUAGAGUUCAAGCUUCUCCAGAUUCGUCCAAGGACAUCCAGCCCCUUCAAGCUCAGCUCUCGGAAGUGUUGAAGGUUGUCACCCCGAUCACACUGCGACUGACAAGCAUUUUCCAUGUGUCGGAUAUCGCAACCACCAUCAGACACCCAGAGGGCAAAGAUGGAUUCGCUCUCCAGAUUGCUCUCCAAACCUUAUCGGGGCCCUCGGCCAUCCUUGCACAUGAGAUCAGGCUUAGAUUGUCAGCAAAAGAUGGCCAUGAACCGCGGUACAUUAACCUACAGUCUUCAGGCCCGGUACAGAUCACGGAAAGAGCCACUGCUAUAGUGCUUGAGACCUCGGUCAUGAGCCAAGGCUGGUACAAGGUUGAUGAGAUUGAAGCUCGAAUUGGUAACCUAAGGCUCCUCCAUCAUUUUCAAUCUUUACAUGAAGCCGAUCAGAAUGAGGAAGAGGACUCGAGAACGCCUCGGACGGCGGUUGUGCCAAUACUUGUGUAUCCGCAUGAUCGGUCAUUUGCAAUUCGGAUCCGAUCUUCGUCGACGCUGCAUCUGUCCGAAACAAGGCGGCUGUGGAUUGAGGUCCGACCCGGCCACAAUCAUAUCACACAAUGCAGGCUGCGACUCAAAACUGCUACAGCCGGAUUGAGACUUAAUGUUCAUGAUGCCCGGUUAAUUGGCAGUGACCGAUCUCCGGACAGCUUGCGAACGGCUCGCGAAGGGGACACGCUCUUAAUGGUGAUUGACGAGCUGACAGCGGAAUCCCUGGUGGUCAUCGAAAUCCCAUAUACGUUGGAAAUCCCGUCUAGUGCCUCGAUUUCCAUCCGGAUUGACGCGGGUUAUGAGACACAGCACGGCUCAUUCAACCUUUACGAGACGGCGGCUGUCAAUGUGCUACUUCCUGUAAUAGUCAAUGUGCAGGAUGUUUACAGGCCCUUUUGCACUUACUCUCGCUUUACGAUAAGCCCAUCCACCCUCGUCCCGCUAACUCUCUUGAGUUGUCAUUUAAAGGAGAACGAGUAUUAUGCGGUGGAGCUGCCCGACAAGCAUCAGGACAGCGUGGUGGUGUUCCCAAGACAACCAGCGAGCUGGACUGUGCGGCUGGUGCCGAAGAACGAGGAAGCAUGCAGGGCGACCCGCAAGCUUACUUUAGUGGUCGAGUACCAGUGCCUUGACGACGUGAUUCUCUCUGCGCUCGAGGAGCACCUCAAGUCGGCGCUUCUAUUGAGUGAUUAUGCGUUUGCGGCAAGGCUGCUAUCGUCACAUUUGGAAGACCAAGUUCGCGGAGCCUGGACCGAGCAAGACCUCGAGGUAGCCGGGCUUACACAAGAGAUGGAGAUUUGGGACAAGGGGGAUCUGGACUGGCCCAGUGUGUUAUGUGCGAUUGAUCGGAGUGAUAGGGCGGGUUUGGAUGCGUGGCUGUCGUCAUGGCAUGCCCAAUCGCGGUCGAUUCAACUGUCAGGAGCACAGUGGUGUCGACGCCAGCUCAGACUACAGGUUGAUGUACCGCCGCCACCACUGGUUGUGGUCGCCAAUUUACAGAUUCAAAAGAAACCAUCAGAGGAAGCGACCGCCACCGUUGGACAGCCGUUGCUAGCGGUUCUGGAGUUGAGCUUAUCCAGGCCGCAGUCGGAGCCCAUCGAAGGGGUCUUUGAACUUGUGGCGGUGGCAGAUUCGUGGUUGAUUGGAGGACGGCGCAAGGGGAAUGUGCAACUCCAACGUGAGUGUGUAGAAAUCCCAACAGUUCUCUUCCCACAACAGGUUGGGUAUCUGCUACUCCCUACAGUCACAAUCAAAUGUCGAAGAAAAGUCAGGCGAAGUGAAAAGGGCAGUCGUGAUAGCUGGACAGAGGUCAACAGUGAGGUAUAUAACACCGGACAGGGCCGCAGCAUCCUUGUCAUCCCGGAUCUCCGGAGCACCACCGUGGAGGUGUUUGGAGCUGCUUCAGACAGUGGCACAGGGAGACUGGUAGGGACGAGACACCGGGGGCACCUGAUAGGAUGA